UCAAAAAUCUAACAAUUUAAAAAAAAAAUGGCAGAAAAAAGUCAUUGUAUGUAUUUUGUAAAAAAAAAAAAACGUUAUUGUCGUAUGACAGUAAAAAAAGGAAACAAAUUUUGUGGUGAACAUCAAGAAGUUUCAUUAGAUUGUGAUUUAGACAAGCAAAAAUCUGAAAAUAAACGAAUAAAAUGUCCACUUGAUCCAACACAUACAUGUUAUGAAUCUAAGAUAUCUAAACAUUUAAAAGUAUGUAAUGCAAAGCGUUUAAUUGAUGCACAACCAUCAUUUAUUGUAAAAGGAAUUAAUUCCAAUGAAAUAUGUGAAACAUCACAACAUGUUCCACUUUCUGAAUUAAAUGAACUCAUUAUAAGUACAGUUAUAGAUAAAAUAAAAAAUGUUUAUGAAAAAUUACCAGAAUUUCCUGAAAUAAUAUUGGAGCAUCAAAUACUUAAAGAUAAAAUAAAUGACGUUUCUUGUGGAAAAAUUGUUAAGAAGCAUCUCAUUCAAAAUUCAUCAUUAUUAUCACAUUUAGAAUGUGCAAAUCUUAUAAAAGAUAAUACUUGUUUUAUUGAGUUUGGAGCAGGAAAAGGCAAAUUAACUUAUUGGUUAGGACAAAUAAUAAAGAAUAAAAAAGAUUGUUGUAUAUUAUUGAUAGAUCGUUCAAGUUAUAGACAUAAGAGUGAUAAUAAAUUGAAGAAUGAACAAUCUGCUCUUAUAAUAGAAAGAAUACGUACUGAUAUUGCUGAUUUGAAAUUAAAUGCUAUAUCAACAAUUCAAAAAUUUAAAAAUAAAGUUGCUAUUGCAAAACAUUUGUGUGGUGCAGCUACAGAUUUAACUCUUAGUUGUUUAGUUCAUGCAAUGCAAAAUGAACCGAAAUGUAAUGUUAUUGGAUUAAUUAUUGCAUUUUGUUGCCAUCACAAAUGUGAAUAUAAAUCAUACGUUGGAAAAGAUUUUUUAAAACAAUGUGGAUUUAUACCAAAUGAGUUUACAAUUUUAUGUAGCAUUGCUAGUUGGGCAACUUGUGGUUCUGUUUUAAACAAGGAAAUUGAAACUUCAAAAACUCAAAAUAAUAUCAAAAAUAUAAGUACAAAUAUAAAAACCUUAACUUCGAAUGAAAAAGAAAAUAUCGGCCGUAAAGUAAAAUCGAUACUAAAUUGGGGUCGUUUGGAGUAUUUAAAAAAUGUUGGAUUUCAAAGUAACCUUAUUUAUUAUACUACUUCUGAUGUAUCAUUAGAAAACAUGUGUAUAGUAACUACAAAAAGUCAAAUAUAAUAAUUUAUUAUAAUAAAUAUAAAAUAAACUUUUUGAACCAAUUUAUAUGUAUUUAUCAUGCAUACAAAUAUUGAUUCUUAAUAAAA